UGUCUGGCAUCAUGGCUGGACAACAGCUUGUAGAGACAUUCGCCCUCGUCAAACGAGAAAGUCCUGAUAAGACACUGUGUCCAGAAAUAGCUUGCCCAAAAGCAAUUUUCGACAAUGAGGAAGAAGAUAUAGAUAUAACCCUAUCGGACACUCCUUCCGAAGGAUCAGAAUAUAAAGAAUAUUAUCUACAAUGCGGAGCAGCGUUUGGGUGGGCCAGAGCUUCUCUUUGCAAGGAGAUAAUUCGCAACAAGAAUCCCCUUGCAGUUAUAAGCUCUCUGAUCUUAUUGGCUGCCUUCAGCGUAUAUGUCGGCUUCAGUAUCAGGUUUUCUUUCGGGGAUGAAGGUUCUCUGAGACUUCUGUUUGGUACCGUUUUUGCUGCCCUGAUUUAUGCCAAGGUCAAGCUCAAACCUCGUGUCCUUGAACUUUUAUCUCCAUUGUCCGGCAAGAUUGUGAUGUCCCCGUCGAUCAAGAGAAUAAUUACAUGGCUGUUGUAUAUAGGGAUGCUUCUCUUCAUGGCAAUCUACUUGGCAUUGAAUGUGACCCAGGCGGAGAACUUUGUCUCGCUGGCAGGACUUGUCUUCUUCAUUCUCCUGGGAUUCAUCAUAUCCAAACAUCCAGACAGGGUGAAUUGGCAUGCGGUAUUUUGGGGGAUCGGCACCCAGUUCCUUUUUGCGCUACUAAUACUCAGAACCAGUUUCGGGUUUGAAGGUUUCCGUUGGCUCGGAGAAAGAAUAGAAGAAUUCCUGGAGCACACUGAUAAAGGAUCUGAGUUUGUUUUCGGGAAGGACUAUCGAGAUCACAUGUUUGCAUUUCGGGUGAUGCCAUUUAUUCUUCUGUGCGCCUCGGCGAUCAACGUGCUGUACUACUACGGGAUCCUUCAGGCAUUUGUGGCCAGUUUCGGAUGGUUGCUUUCUGUCUGUCUGGGCACCAGCCCAGUGGAGUCGGUCAACACAGCACUCAACAUUGUGUUUGGGCCAGCGGAAUCGCCUCUUGCCAUCAAGCCCUUCCUUCCUUUGCUCACGCCCUCGGAACUGCAUGCUGUCAUGGCGGCUGGAUUCGCAAGCAUUGCAGGGACGAUAUUUGGAAUGCUAACAUCUUUUGGGGCCCCAGCCAAUCAUCUGCUGGCUGCCAGCGUCAUGUCCGCGCCUGCCGCCCUGGCCAUGUCCAAGUUGAUUGUGCCGGAAACACAAUGGACCAGGGUCCAACCAAGCGACGCCUACAACAUCCCCGUACCUAAGUUCCACAACCUUCUAGAAGCCGUGUCAGAGGGUGCUAAAGAAUCUAUACCAAUUAUUGCAAGUGUGAUCGCCAACCAGAUCAUCUACAUGGCGAUCAUCGACUUCGUUGACUCCACGCUGCUGUGGUUCGGGGACAGAGUGGGCGUAUCUGGCCUGUCGUUUGAGUUCCUGUGCUCAUAUGGUUUCUAUCCCAUCGUGUACAUCAUGGGAUUCUCGGGCUCGGACGUCUUGAGGAUUGGUGAGCUGUUCGGCAUUAAGACAUUUGCAAACUCAUUUUACGGCUACCAACUGUUUGGGAAGCUAAUCAAGAACCGCCAGGCGUUGGAGCAGUACAUGGCCUCAACUAACGGGACUUGGCAUUGGGAGAACCGAGAUAUCGUACUGGACUUGACCAACAGAACGCUAGCAGGAGGGAUACUGACGAAACGAUCUGAAGUGAUAGGGACGUACGCGUUCUGUGGCCAGAACCACCUGGCGGCUAUCGGAGUGACCCUGGGAGUGUUCUGUACCUUGAUUCCUGGAAGGAGACGCACCAUAUCCAGAUACAUCGCACGUGCAAACGUCACCGGCCAGCUGGCCUGCUACAUGACGGCGUGUAUCGCAGGCAUGUUGUAUGAUGAAUCGCUUGUCUAAACCUCCCAAGAUGGGAAGAAUAGGUGUGACCCGGAUGAAGGAUAUUGGACCCGGAUGCACAAUAUAUUUUUCGACACACUGGUUGGGAGAUUCGAAGCUACGUUUGUUCGUUGAUGUUCCGGUUUGACGACAUUAGAGAGGUGUUUAAAUAAACAUCACACAUGUUAUCAGUCUCAAUCUUCAAGUAUUUAAGGGGUGUUUGGAGGAAUGCAGAGACCUAUGAUGAACUUAUAGAUACA